AUGUCUGAAGAAGACAGUGACAGCAAGUUUAAAAAAGGCGACUAUUCAGUUCACGUCUUCCUUGAGGAUGGCAAAGGCAUCUUACCACUAAAUGACAGUGGAAAAUCAGACCCUCUUAUUAGCGUCAAAGUGUUUGACAAAGAAAAGUGCACUAAGGCAUUAGACGAUGUAGGGGCUGGAGCAAUGGUCUACUGGGGAGAGCAUUUUUACUUUGAGAAAGCAAACUGCCAAUCUGCUGAUAUGGAGAGCCAGCGCUUGAAAAUUGAGGUGAAGGACUCGAAGUUCUUUAGCAAUUCUAUCAUUGGAAGUUAUGAGAUCGACUUGUCAUUCAUUUAUUCGCAGAAAAACCAUGCCAUUCUUCACAGAUGGUUUGCUAUUUGCAACCCGCACUCAGAAGAUUUCAGCCUGAUGCGUGGGUAUUUAAAGCUAAGUAUUUCAGUUCUCCACGAGUCAGAUAAGCCUGUUGAUCUUUGUGUGGCUGAAUCUGCAGCAGCUAAGGAAGAAUUAAUGCUGCCUACCCAAAUUAAAUUAGAAACAACGCAACUUAUAGUGCAGCUUCUUAAAGCUGAUAACUUACCAAUUAUGGAUGAUGGAGGGACUUUAGAUGCUUAUUGUUUUAGUUUGGCAUUAUUAAUUUAUAAAUUUUAAAUAAUUUCUGCAAAAGCUUUCCUUAUUAAUCCGCAUUUAUAAAAAUAUUAGAUAAUUUACUCCAAGAAAUUUAUAAUUACCAUUUAGUUACAUUUGGAACAGCAGAAAAAAAAUCAUCAAUAAAAAUUGCAGAUAAAGCUACUAUGUCAGCAUACUGGUAUGAAGAAGUUUAUGUCCCAGUAAUUGUCCCUUGUGUUUCUUCAAGGUUAACUAUUACAGUUUUAGAUAGAGAUACAGUCUCAAAAGACGAUUUAGUAGGUAGCAUGAGUUUUAGCUGGGAUAAAAUCCAGCAAGGGGUUUAUAAUGAUUAUUUCUGGGCAAAUAUUUAUGGAGCUCCACCUAAUGUCACUAACGAAGAGGCAGAAAUUAUGAAUAACUGUGAUAACUUAGCAUCCCAUUGGAGAGGAAGAGUGCUUUUAAGAGCUUUUUCACAAAAUACAAAUAAAGCUGUCAUGAAAGUGCAGCCAAUUGAAGAACCAGGAAUUAAAAAACUCGUCCAGCAAACCUAUGAAAUAGAAACUGAUUAUCAUAUUAUGGCUCAGGUUUUCCACGCAGAAUGUUUACCUACUAAAGAUUCAGCUUAUUGGAUUUCUAUUAAAUGGGCUGGCAUUGAGCUGAAAACACAGUCUCCAAAUGCUCAAAAAGGUGUCUGCAGGUGGAAUGAAAAUCUUAAGCGCAAAGCAACAGGGAUUCCUUAUAAAGCAUUGCUGCCUGAUAUUUUCGUGUACUUGAUGCAAGACAAUAAGCCAAUUUCGUUUGCCAGACUAAAGGCCAAGAACUACUCGGAUCCAAAUCCUAAAGAAAAAUGGAUAAGGCUCUACAGAGAAAAGGCAAUUGGGAAGAUCAAAAAUGACUGGGAAGGAGGAUUUGUGAAGCUUAGAAUCUACCUUGGAGAAGCUGAAAACGAAGAAGUCGAUCUUUCAAACUGGUCUAAGCUUGCCCCUCCUAUGCCAGGAGCUCCAAAAAUCCUUCUCUGCAACAUUUUUCAAUGCAAAGGUCUACCUCCUGCAGAUUCAGACGGUCUAGCUGAUCCUUAUAUCAAAAUUUACUGUUCAGGCGAAGAGGCAAGCACAGAUCCUAAAGCUAAACCAAAAACCUUGAAUCCGAUGUGGUAUGAAACUCUGUCACUGAAGGUCGCUUUUCCAUCUAUAGAAUCUGGCCCUCCAAUUAUAGUCCAAGUCUGGGAUUAUGACGCAGGAUCUUCUGAUGACUUUGUUGGGAUGUGCGUUGUAGAUCUAGCAGAUGCAGGGGUAGACUGUGAAGUUUCCCCUAGGCCAAGGUGGUAUAAACUUAAUAUGGGAAGAGAAGGAACUGAAGAAGGAGAAGUUCUUAUGUCAUUCAGUAUUCAUGACCCUGCAAGAGUUCCUAGAUAUGCUAUUAAACCAGCCUGUAUGGAAGUAAAUGUGGAAAUCAUCGCGUUAGGCCUAAGAGCGCUUAAGCCUGCAUUAGGAUGGAUGCCAGUCAAUAAAGCUUAUGUGAAGGUAAACUUAAACUCAAUACAGAUCCCAGGAGAAGAUUUAUUGAUCCAAGAAUUAGAAACGCAGCCAUUUGAAUCAGGGCCAAACCCAAAUAUCAGCUCAGUUUUAAGUUUUACGUGCAAAAUACCAAUUGAGCCAUUAUACUGUCCAGUUUUAACUGUAAUGUUUAUGUAGUGUUAUGUCCAUGACUAUAUGUUGAGUGGGCUCUCUAAGCCUUUAUUAGGAGCAUUUUCUAUUGAUUUAAGCGAAGUUUUGGUGAAAAGAAGAGAAUCAGUAAAAAUGAAGCCAAUAGCCCAAGAAGAUGUUUCUGAAAAUUUAGCAAGAGCUAUGUCAUCUCCAACCUUUCAGCCAGGACAAGCUGAAAAAAUAUUUGUGGCUACAGAGGAGGUGGCUGUACAAGAAAGAGGUGAUGUCGAUCAAACUGCAGAGCCAGAACAAGACGAAAGCGCCCCAUUAUUAAGUGAAAAUCAGCAAGAAGAAAACUCUUCUACUGUUAAGACAAAAACCUCGAUUUUCCCUGAACAAAAAGCAGUUAUAGUUCCUAAAAGAUCAUAUACUACAAAUCCAUUAAGCCUUUCUGAAGCACAAAACGGAGACAUGCUUAAAAUGCCGACUUUUAACUAUGAUCCAAUUAAGAAAAGAGAUAUUGAGGCCAAAUUUAUAGACAAUCAUUAUAUUGGAGUUGGGUAUAACAGGAUUCCAGGUGACGGGAGAAAGCAUUAUAGAUAUUUAUUAGAUGAAGAACUGGAAAAAUCAAUUUUCUUCGGAGAAACUGCUUUAGAUGUUUUCGAUAUUAAAAAAGGGCAGUCUAGAGGCUUGAAUUCAGGAGAUAGAGUAGAUGCUAGUGGAGAAGAGUCAACAGUUAGGUCAGCAGGCAAGUUUAAAGGCUUAAUUAGAAUCCAAGGCGAUAUAAAUUCACCUCCAAACGAUGAGUUCGACAAGAUCGCUAAAUCCUUAUUAGUAAAAACUGAUGUUUUGGUCAGAGUUUAUGUCCUUAACGCUUUUAAUCUAUCUCAAAAAGACUUAAACUCCCCUUCAGAUCCAUAUAUCAAAAUAUCUCUUGGAAAAAAUGUCAUAGAUGACCGCAAGAAUUAUAUCCACGACAACUCAAAUCCAGAUUUUAAUCGCUCUUAUGAGCUAAAUGCAACCUUACCUGGGGAUUCUCUUCUUAAAAUCAAAGUUUAUGACUAUGAUGAUUUUGCACCUGACGAAAAAAUUGGUUCAACUGAAAUUGACUUAGAAGAUAGAUUUUAUUCAAGCACAUGGAACAGUAUUCCACAGAAGCCAGUUGAAACUAGACCUCUUUAUAUCAAAUCCUGUAGGAGUCCUCAAGGUUUCAUCAGACUUUGGGUCGAAACUCAUCCUUUAUAUCGCCCAGCGCCUGUUUGGGAUUUAACUCCUAAGCCAGAAUCCAUCUUCGAAACCAGACUUAUCAUAUGGAAAAGUGAAGGUGUCCCUAACGCAGACCCUGAAGGAGUCAGCGACCUCUAUGUCCGAGCCUGGGUCAACAAUCUAGAACCAAAAGAAACUGACACCCACUACCGCUGCCAAAGAGGUGCAGGUUCAUGAAACUGGAGAAUGAAAUUCCGCAUCCCUGUCCACGAAAAAAUGCAAAGUGCUGUAAAUCUGCAGCUAUGGGACAGAGACUUUUUCUCUGCAAACGAUAUCAUUGGUGACGCCUCAUUUGAUUUCAAAGAUUUAGCACUUGAAGCUUGGGAUAGCGGAUUAAGGACAAAGAUGCUUGGAAAAGCUGAAGGAGCCCAAGACAGAUUGAUGAGAAGAGAAAGCGAAAAAUUCUGGGUCGAUUUUAAGAAAAGAGAAAAAGACGGGACAGAGAUUAAAGCUGGAAAAGUCCUUAUUUCAUUUGAGCUAGUCCCUGAAGCUAAAGCUGAUGCUUGCAAGGUCGGAGAAGGUAGAGAAGAGCCUAAUAUAGAUCCACCACUUCCAGCACCUGAAGGGAGAAUGCAGUUUUCGCUUAAUCCUAUUAAAAUGUUGAACCAGAUGUGUGGACCUGAAGUAAGGAUGAAAAUUUACUGCUGGGUCUGUUCAGCACUAUGCUGCAUGCUUUUGAUUUUCAUGUUCCCUAUGCUGCUUUCAAAUACUAUUACAAGCAUUAUCUUUGGGUAG